AUGGUUACGCAGGUGGAUAUUAAAGGAUUUGAAGAUUUUGCGAAAUUUACCGAAAAUAUUGAUCAAAAUGGUCCACCAGUUAUAUUCUUCUUCAGUGGCUCAAAGUUGCCGGAUGGUAAUAGUUGGUGCCCUGAUUGUGUUGAAGUUGAACCCGGUUUAAAAGCAUACUUGAGUGAAUUGAACAAAAGUGUAAUAUUUGUUUAUGUGGAUGUUGGUGAUCGAGAAUACUGGAAAGAUAGAGCUUGUCCAUUUAGAACAGACAGCAGAACAAAACUGAUGGUCAUACCAACAUUAAUCAAAUGGAAAGGCGUCCAAAGAUUAGAAGGUACUCAGUGCGGGCAACGAGACUUGUUACAGAUGCUGUUUGAAGAUGAAGAU